AUGCGCCAGGAAGAGAAAGCCCCGUUUGAGGGCGAAAAGAUCUUGGAUAUACCCAAGGAUCCAAAACCGAAACUGAUUGAGGACGUCCCAGUGCUUCCAGACCUCCCAGUUUCCCUCGAAGGCAAACGUGAGAGCGAAAACACAAGCCCUGCCCAAACGCCAUCCAAACCCAAGGAGAAGCGUGAGCUCUUCUCGACAAAAUGGAAGUUGACACGAAUUAAGGAGGAAUGGGAGGUACGGGAAUUUCGGCCACCUAGCCCACCAACUGUCCCGACCGCCUCUUUGUCAGAUCUCAUGUUGGGACCAUCUGUUACGGAAGCAUACCUCGCGAAGAACAAAGGGAAGCAGCUCCAAAGCGAAAAUGGCAAGCCAGUCGCGAAUGUGUGGUAUUGGAAUGCAGUCGAACCAGAAUCUGCUCAUUUAGGGCGGAUCCCUGGUGAAAGCAUCGGCAUGGUAUCCUACAUCAAUCCUGACUUUGAGGCUUUUGUCAAUGAGCUUGCAUCAUCCGACCCAGAGGAGGACUUGAAGAGGGUAAAGGCUGAUAUCGACGACGCCUAUCAGAACCACCGCGUCGUCGACAAUUUGUGUGUUUCUUGCGAGAAUCAGGGCCUGAAGCAAUGCAACUUAUGCAAACUCGCACGAUACUGCUCCAAAGAGUGUCAGACCGCCGAUUGGCCCAUGCACAAGAAAGUCUGCAAGGGCUUCGCAGUUGAGACGGCUGAUAAUGCACGACCAAGUCCCAAACAUCGCCGUAUACUUUUUUUCCCGGCCUACGAUCCGAAACCUAAGCUUCUGUGGGCUGUUCCAGAACUCGUGGGGGAACGCAAUGUUAUCAGGGUUGAGCAUCCUGACAUCGAAAAGUUCUGGAACGCUGUUCGCGAGAGCGAAAAUGAUCUCCUUGAUAAAUGGAUCCAAAUCGCCAGAAUCAACCUCCAUCCUCCGUUCAAGAGCCGCCGCAUCGGCACCACAUUAUUGGUGCAAUACUACGGCAUCAAGUUUCCAAGGCCAAAGUCUUUUGUUCAUGUCAACAGGUCUAUCAAUGCCAUUUCGGAACCGGGAUACUUGCGACCGUUUUUCGGACCUGUCCUCGUCUUUUCCGAUGAGGGAAAAAGCGACCCGAGAGACCAGGAGAUUCGAGACAUUACACCUCGAGAAGUCCAUACGGCCGUGCGUUUCUUUGAGACGCUCGAUUGCCCUUGUCUCAAGGACCCUAAGCAGUGGCCAUCUGAAGUGAUCAGUGGCAUCAAGGUCUCCGAUUUGCGGCUUGGCCUCAAUGUUGCAAUGGGCAUCCAACAGCCGUAUGAGCCAGUCUAUGUCCCUCUCCAGCCCAUAAAGCAGAUCGACUCACCCAUCGCCCUCGCCUUUUUACUUGGUCUGCGAUGGUAUCUGCGGGACUGCAACUAUCUGUCUCGGGAAUACGGUGCCAACAUGUGGUCCGACUUGAAGUUGUUCUACCUUGGAAUCACUGCAGUCGUCGACCAGCAGUUUUAUGCCAACGUCAAGAAAACGGACCACGGACGACAGGUACAGGGUGCCACCGGCGACAGCACUUUCGUCAACCCAGUUCGGCCAUUUGGUCGCCCGUCCUUUAUUCCAGGCAGAUUCAUCGGAAGCAUGAUCGUUCUGCAUGGCUCGGGGAAACCGCUUGACAUAGCCCACCUGCUUUGCUUCGAUAACUAUAUGCAAGAUGUGUUCAGCCGCGCCGAAACACCGUCAAAAGAAGGGUUCGAGGGAUUUUGGGAGAAGUGGCGCGUUGGUGCAAAUGGCAAUUUGCUACAGCUCUCGUCUCCGUAUGAGUUGGAGAAGGACGAGAUCAAAGAUCGAUUGGGGUGGUUCAACCCUAAGUUGGUCAUGGAGACAAUCGGCCAGCACAAAGAAGAGUUGUUGGCAGUUGUGAAGAAGGAAGCCAAGGCAAUGAUGGGCAAACAGACAAGUUCACGGGGUGGCCAGGAGAAACAUAAUUUGAGAGAAGAAUGGGAGAGGAAGGUGGCUGAGGAGGGUCUCAGGGAUUAG